AAUGCAUUAACACGUUAGCCUAGACCGCGAUGAAGACAGCACCAGACAGCAAACGGUGGACCCAUUUUCACUCAGCGCUCCAGCUUGCAAUAUCGCGCUCAGCACACAAAUGGACAUACGAAGAUUUUCAGGAAUGUUUCACACUCUGGUGCAAAGAAGAGCCACAUGGUGCAGAGGGUAUCUUUAACACCGUGUCGAGGCAUAUGGAGGAUCAAAUACACCAAAGCUGUGAGAAUUUGUUCAAGGAGUUUAAUGUAAGGGAUAGUAUCAACAUUCUCCAUGCCGUCGUCUCUGAAGCGAGAGCUCGAAAACAACGUGGAGAAAUACAUGGCAAGGACGUAUGGAGAGAAAAUCUCGCACCGCGAGCUGCUGUUCGUGCACGUACUGUCCGGGUGAUGGAAUCCGAAGUAGAACGUAUACGAGCAGAACUACAGGCUCUUGAGGAAGAGAAUGUUGCUUUGUAUGCCCAAUGUAAGGAUAAUGACCAAAAACAGCGUGCUGCAGACGCUAAGAUGGUGGAGUUAUUGGAUAUCCUGGAUGAAGUUUAUGCAAAGUGGAGUCAACUUCCGCAGGAUGAAAUAGGAGUAUGGGCUCUUGAAUCAGCAGAGAACGUCGGCCUCGCACAACCACCGUAGAUUGCACCAUGUUAUGAGUUUAGGGACAUGGUAGCGGCCCACCUUUUUGGUUGAUGAUUACCGCUGUACAGACCGUCGACAAAGUGUAUUAGUAAGUAUUACAUGUCAAGGAGACUUACACCAGUGAGCGGAAACCUUGCUUACAUUCUUGCUGUAAGCAUAAUUCGCUACCGCGACGUUAUAAUCUCCUUCAGAAUGCGGUAUGGGAUUUGAUAUACCCAUGGCAACAACUGGUAUAGGCGUCAUAGGCCAGGGAAUGCUGUUUUGGGCACCCGAGGACAUUAUGAUGCGCCCGCACGGUUUUCGCAAAAACUUCAUACAGAGCGCCCUGUUCAAUUGGUGAGACCGCGAAAGGCCGCCACGAG